GUGCGAGGCCCUUAAGUGUGAAUCGUGAAAGCGCCAUUAGUAACCUUGGAUAAAACGUCUGAAUUGGAAAACAUCUGAUUCCGGGAUAGCAGUGUACUUAAUUUGACUUAAUUGACGAGGUGGAUCGUAUGCCUUGACACAACUCGAGUAUUAAUAAAGUUUAUCUUUAUGGAGUUAACGAUAUUGGCGCGUGACACGGUUAUGAAGCCAUCGCAUUCGUAAUUGGUCACACUUGUUAUGCGCCCGUUGAGAUAUAUCAUCAGCCCAAAUCUGACAAUCGUAACCUUGAAUUUAUCGCCGAUUGCGAGUUGGCAUUGAAAGUGAGGACGGGGAGUCUGUCGAACUCGAUUUAUCGUGAGGGGCGCGCGCCCGAAGCGUCAGGAGGCAAUUGGUGCUUAACCUAAGAUGCGAACAUCCGCGAACGUCGACGCGCUCACGUUACUUGGAAUUCAUCUGCUGUACUGGUAUCUCAGCACGGUAGCGGCCAGUGGCGGGGCCCUCGAUUCUACCUCGACUUUCCAGACCAGUGCUUCGAGCACUCCACAUUCCAAGAUAGCAGCCUUUUCCGCCACCCUCACUGAUGGAUUGGCCCAGGCAGUGGCUCAUGAAUCCACCUUGGACACAUGCAACGACGACCUAGCUUGCAUCACUAUGGCUUCUCAUGAUCGAUUAGGAUUAGAGGCUAUUAAAUCUCUCCACAGUCAAUUGGACGAUGAUGCCAAUGGGAAUGUGGAUUUAUCAGAAUCGGAUGAUUUUUUGAGAGAAGAACUACAAUAUGAGGCUGGUUAUGAACGAAGACAAAGGGCUUUCCAUCACAAUGACGACAUGCAUAUCAGCGUGCGAGAGCUCUGGGAGGCCUGGUUGCGAUCAGAAGUUCAUAAUUGGACUAUAGAACAAACAUCAGAAUGGUUAACUUCCAACGUUGAGCUUCCUCAAUAUGUUCCUACUUUUAUACAGCAUCGUGUAACUGGUGCUACGCUUCCUCGAUUAGCUGUGAACAAUAUGCAUUAUCUUAGCAACGUUUUGGGUAUUAAGGAUCCUAUCCACAAACAAAAAAUUGCUUUAAAAGCAAUGGAUGUUGUCCUUUUUGGACCUCCCAAAGAAGCUGGACACAACAUCAAAGAUUUGGUUUUGGUUACAUUAUUAUUUGGAGCACUUAUCGGAUGCUGGUACGCGUAUCAACAAAAGAAAAAUUCACAGAAGCAUCUACAUAGAAUGAUGAAGGAUAUAGAAAGUUUGCAUAAAGCAGAACUUGCACUAGAAAAUUUACAGAAAGAACUGGAAAGAGCUAGAAUGGAGCAAGAAAGUGCGACUACUGAAAAACAGAAUUUGGAAAAACGUUUGCAAGAUGAAAGCUUGGGAUUACAUACUUCAUACUCGGAUCUUGAAGUGUCGCAAUUAAAAGCAGAAAUUGAAAUGUUGAAGUUGGAAUUACAACGUGCUGAGGGUGAACUCGAAGAUAGGUGUUGGUCACCACCAGCUGGAUUGCAGCACUGGCUACAAUUGACUCAUGAAAUUGAGAACAAGGCAUAUACAAAUAAAAAAAUAGCAGCUGAAAAACAACUUCAACAAGCACGAGAAGCGUGUGAAAAAUUACGAAAGAAACGUUCUAGCCUGGUAGGUGCCUUUGUUUCGACUCACGGAAAAUCUAUCGAUGAAGUUGACAAGAGCAUAGUUGAAGCGAGAACUGCAUUAAAUGAAGUAACAAAUGAGUUGAAAGAAAGAGUGCAUCGUUGGAAGCAAAUUGAAUUACUCUGCGGUUUCAAUAUAAUUAACAAUAACGGUUUAAAUUAUUUAGAAACAGUUUUAUACAGAGGAACACCUAAUGGUAGAGGUCUCGGACUCAGAGGACGACUAAGUAGUCAAGAUGAUUUAGACGAUGAGGCAAGUUCAGUGUAUGCAUCGUCGUCAGUUAGUGCUGUCGCUGCAGGUAUUUUGGAGAACUCGGCGUGGAAGGAAUCGUCGAUACCGUCCGGUAAUCGAUUCGGAAAUGAACUCUCUGAUUCUUCGAGCAGCGAAGCGGAGAGAGAGACACAUGGGACCGUCCAAUUUGUGCUGGGCGACGGAUCAGAAGAGCCCUCCUCCGGAGCUUCCGGAACGACUGCGAUGUACAAAGAAAAGUCCAACAUUGUACGUUCUUACAGCCAGGAGACAAACAUGCUGGCUAACGAAGACAAGGCUUCGUCGUUUCUAGCGAAAACGUCGUAUUCGGAAAAUUCGCUUGAUGUUUCGGGUAGAUCCAAUUAUCGUCCUGCGACAACAUUGACUGUAACGACGGCAGUGACGACAAUGACGACGACAACAACGAUGACGACAAGUACAACAGGCGCCAAGAAGUUACUUAAAGAAUUACCUACGAUUAUGUCUAUCGAUGACGAGACGCUCUCGACUGAUUCUAAUUCUACCGCCGACAACGACGAGCUUAAACGAAGGCGCAGGAAACUGCACUUUCCAGCCUUUAGAAAGAACAAAACUAAAAUUACGUGAUGCCCGCUAGUCACAUAAUUUUAUUUGUUACUUAAUUGCUAUCCGUUACAGUUUAAUUGUAAUCGCGACAUGCACUUAAGAAUUAUUUUACCUGUAAUUAUUAAUUGUUAGUUACUAUUAUUCACCUAAUCCACAUACACGAACACAUACAUUUUCUUUUUCUCUUUUUGUACAUCUCUUUUCUUUGUCUUUUUUCUUCCUUUGCUCGCGUGUAAACUCAUGAAAUGUAACAAUCAUUAGGAUGUUUGUUGUCUUAGUGUUCCUUCCAAACUUUGCCAAACUUGCAUAUGCGCAAAAUAAUGACGAAAAAAUCGAUGGAUACACGGAGAAAUAUCUGAACUAGAUAAAUAGGAUUUUAGAAUUGCAAUAUUGAAAAGUUUUAAUAUUAUGGCAAUAAAUAUUUUUGGUAUGUACUUUUUAGGAGAUUAAAUGUUUUCUGCAAGUUGAGAAUUUUUAUGAAGUAAGAUUUUUCACGAUGACAUUAGUAAUGAUAAUUACACAGUUAAAAAAAAUGACUUUGGACACCAGAAUGAGACUAAUUAUACUUCUUUUGUAUCUGAUUUCUAUUUCUAAAUCUGGUUUCCACAUUGCUUCUUUGUGUCAUAAUUUAGUAGAAAUUUGCAAUUAAUUGUAAAGAAAGGCUACGUACUUUGUCACAUUAUAACUACGAUAUGUGAUGUGCUAGAUAAGUUUUGCAAUUAAAAUUAAAUAUGUUAAAACGUUUAACCCUCAAAAAAAUUUUUUUGUGUUGUCUAUGAUUAAUGAGAUAUCAUGAUUAAUCUUUUAUUUGUACACAUCUUGCAUGACCGUACGUAGCAUACGCGAAUUCGCUCUACGCAAUUUGGACAGUUCGUAACUUUGUUUACAUAUAAUAAAAUUAAUUUGACGUUUUUUUCCAAUUUAAAGGAAAACAGGUGAGAAAUAACUUUGGACAUGUUCAGCGGACUCAAUAAUUGAAUGAGCGCUCGCUGUUAUUGGUGUAUAUUCUUUUAGAUCAAAAGGUCUGAUUGAAUGAUUUAAAAUAAUACACCAAUAACAGCGUGUGCUCAUUUAACUGUUGAGUUCGCGCCCUUUGCCUUAAUGAUGUAAGAUUAAAAAACACCAUUAUAUUAAUAAAAAAAUCCAUUAAACUGAAAUCCUGCGUUGAAAAAAUAGCAGCUAAAAAGAUGCUGGUGCGAAUUCGCAUCUGUGUGCAAAGGUUUAAAGGGAGUAUGUAAAAACUAUAAUAUAUUAUUUUUUGCUAAAAUUUAAACAUGCUUUUAUUUUCAUCGGUUAUACAGUGCUAACUCAUCAUUUUGAAUUUGUCACUUUUAGCAUUAAAUUCGUAUUCAGUAUCAUAAAAGACUUUUAAAUAAUAUAUGACAAAUUUUUGCAAGAAUUCAGACUUUUUUAAGCAUUUAUCAUAUUGAGCAUGUUUUGAAUUUGUUAAUUUUAUUUAUAUUCAGCGAUCUAAAAAAUCCUUAAAUAAAAUAAAAUAGUUGAAAGUUAUAUGGUAAAUCAUCAAUUAUUUAAUUGAUCUAAUUCAUAACUUUUUCGCAAUAGAUAUUUAAUCUUGAAUAUUUUAACAGCCAAGACGAAAAGAUUCCUUUAAAGGAAAGUUGUAACAAUACAUAAUACUUAAUUUUGAUUGUAAUAAAACCUUUCCAACCUAUUACAUAUUGUAAUUAUAAAACGACAAAAUACGGGAAAAUAAUCUUGUUUUACAACUUUAAUUGCAACUUUCUCAAAAUUAUGUGAUGGAGUAUUUGGAAAUCGGAUUUAUAUUCAGUGUUUAAAAAACUAUAGGAAAUAAUUAGUUUUAUUCUGUUUUUUUUUUAAACUGUGUUAGUGUAAUCCUUUUUUUAUCGCUGAUAUAAUUCCGUAGUUUAAGUCAUCGUCUCUAGGUACUGAGCUGCGCACAAACUCACUGCUGAAAGUACUCUUGUCUACAUGUUGCUUUUACAUUAUGAAUAACUAUACAGUGAACAAAGUUACGUUGUGACAAGAGUAAAAGAGUAGUCUUGUAAAACAAUUUAAGUUGUUAAAAUCUCUCGUACCGUCCGUAUAUGUAUAAUACUGGCAAUACAUAUAAUUUACUUCGGCACUUUGGCGAAAACGUUAUACAAAUUUUAUACAUUUGUACAUUGUACUAAUAAUAAGUAGGUUGUAAAAUGCACGAUUUUAAUCUAACAAACGCGUGCUUAGAACGAUUAAUUAUAGCAGAAAGACUUUUUCUCAAACAUUUCUUGUAUAAACAUAUCAAGACAUGAAAUUUCUAUCUGAAUCUUGUAAUUUUUUUUCAUCCAAAUUACAUCUUUAAACUGUACAAGUCUUUAUGCAAGAAUGUAUAACAUUCGUGCAGGAUUGAGAAAGUUAUUUUUUAAAAACUCAUUGUUAUUUAUUAAAGAGUCGAAAAAGUUACUGUUACUAAUUACUAAUUCUAAAAAGUAACUUGUUAUCAUUACUUUAAACAAAAAGUUUAAACCUCUAAUGUUUUUUGAUAAAAUAUUAAUGAAAACUUAUUAUUUGUAUGUUAAAUUCGCAAGAUCACAAAAAAUUUAAUGAGAAAGAUUCAAAAAUGCUUAAAAUUAAAAUUUUUUAUUUGUAUUAAAUUUAAAAAUGCAGAAAUUUAUACCCUUUACAUCUUUAAUUUUAUAUUUCAAAAUUUUAAUAUAAUUUUAAACUUAAAAUUAUUCGUAACAUGUAUGUGUUAAUAUAAUUUGUUUAUGACAUCUUAAAACUAUAUUAAUCCUUAAACACACUACGGAAUCUGGGAGACCUUCCUGAAUAAAUUUUACAUCCGUGUCAUUUUAUUUUAGUUAAAAAAUGAAGUUAGUCAACUAUAUCAAUCGAUAGGAGAAACUUCAAAUUUUAUUUCCACUUAGCUCGAAUCUUCUUUCUCAUUUCGUCUUUACAUAGUAAACGAUCGAUUCCAAAAUUUUAGGAUUUCCAGUAGUGUGUUUAAGGUUAAGUUGAUCUUAAAUUUAACACUAGAUUAAUACUAUAAUCGAAGACUGAAAAUUAAACACAAUGGAAAUUAUGUCACAAAUAGAUUUCAAAGUGUAAAAAGUAAUGAUAAAAGUAACUGUGAAAUGUGUUACUAUUACUGAAAAAAUGUUACAUUACCGUUACAGUUACAAAAAAGGAAAAACGAUGUUAUUCGCCUAUUACUAAAAAAAAGAGUAACUGUAACAGUAACGGAAUUACAAAUAACGUGUUACUUCUCAACCCUUCGCGUCAAGUAAAUAAAAGAUUAGUUAUUCACCCUAGCACAGAAGUAUCACAAAAACAUUACAGGAAUAUUUUAUUGUGACAUUACAGCACUGCAAAAAUAUUACUAAACGUAACAUUGCAGCAAAAAACAACAAUCCAUUUUUAGAAAUAUUGCAAUACAAUGUUGCAGCAAUAUUACAAUAAAAUAUAUUUUUAAUACUUUGUAAUAUUAUAAAAAUUAAGGUGUUUUUAAUUUAAAACAAAAAACAUAAAAGAAAUAAACAAAAUAGUUAUAUAAAGCGAUGCAUUAUUAAUAACGUACUACUGUAUGUAAUACGUAUUAUAUACAGGGUGUUAAGAAAACCAUUUAACAUUUAUAUGAUAAAUAGUAUACAUCAUACUAAAUAAGAAAACCUGAACAUAGGUCAAAAGCUCAACUGUUUCCGAGAUAUGAACAUUUUUGUAUAUUAAUAUCAUAAAUGAUUUACUGACUUCUACGUAUCGCAUGUAAUGUUUAUUUCAGUGUACAGCACGAUAUCUUAUAACUAUAAUCAUCAAAUAAUAUGUAGAUCCGCAAUUUCUGGUUGGUGACUGAUUGCCGAUGAAAUCUGCCGAUGUAAUGAAGUAUGUAUAGAAAUUAAAUGAGAACGUACAGAACGCGGUUUAUAAACACGAAGGUAAACAUGCGAUAUUUAGAAGUCAGUAAAUCAUUCAUGAUGAAAAAAUGUUUAUAUCUCAUUGUCAGAAACAGUUGAAUUUUCGACCUAUAUUCAUUAUGAUUUUUUUACUCAAUAUGGUGUGUUAUCUAUUAUAUAAAUGCCGAAUGGUUUUCUUUAAAUACCUUGUAUAAUAUGUAUUAUAUGUAUAUAAAGUAUGUAGAGGAAAGAAGGAGGUUGUAGAAUAUCAUUUUGUUUUUUUUCUUUUUUAAUAAUUUGGUAAAUAUUAACGCAACACAAUUCUUAUCAACACUAGUGUACUUUGUAGCCAUAAAGUUCUACCAAUCACCCUAGGUAAAAAUUCCUCGAGUAUAUAGGACAAACUUAAUUUACAAUUUACUGAAGAGGGAAAAAAGGAUGCAUUUGUGAGUUAACAUAGAGAUCGCAGAAUACUAACAAAUAAUGUCAUGAAAGCGUUAAUAAGGAUUAUUAAUUUAUGAUUUUUUAUAAUUAAAAGGCACUUUUAAUUAUAAAAAAUUAUAAAUUAAUGAUCUUUCGUAGAUCUUACAUACUAAUAAAUGCCAAAAAGUUUCAUAAACAUUUUAUAAAAUAUAUUAAAAAAAAAAUUUUUUUAAUUUCUUUGGUUUACAAAUAACUUUUUAAAAUAAUUUUUUUGUUGCUAGUAUGCAUUAUUGCAAUGUUCAUUAUGAAAUUGUAAAGUCGCAAAAACAGUCUUAAGCUCAUAAUGCUAAUAAGUUACGACCAUCUCACGAUCCCU